AUCGCGCCAGAGAAAAAAAGAAGAGGCCAAGGGGAAGUGGAGGUCAUGUUGCGGUCGCGCAGUCUUGAUCUUUCGUUCAUCCGCCGCGGCCGGAAGCGCUCGGCAAUCUUAGGCUCUGUCGGUCAGGCUUUUUUCAGGAGCACGUGCAUCAUGGCUGCCGUGACUAGCGCCAGCGACUUGGCGGCCCCGUCCAAGCGUUCCAGAGGACUGGCGGAUAUCGACCCGAAAUUCGUCUCUAACAGCGGACUCAGCGGACUCUCGGAACUGGGGACACCUCGUGGCGGUAGCGUGCGCAUCCAGCACCGACCGCCCAAGCAUCCCGUCAUGUCGGCCGGUGGCAACGUCGGUAGUGCUGCAGGAGCCAGCGGAAUCGCUUCUUGUUCGCCAUCGUCAGCAGCAGCCGCCGUGGAGACCUCACGAUUCCCCAAGCUGGACGAGUGCGCCCACUUUCAUUACGAUGUUGUCGAUCUCGGCCCGUUAACGAUCCAACUGCACGAAGAGACGGGCAAGGUGGUCUCUUCCUCAAGCGAAUCGGAAGUAGCUCUCGUGGCGCUGCAAAUCACCAGCUACGGCAAGUCCUGGGUCGUCCGUCGCUCUUACGAACAUUUCCGGCUGCUGGAUGAGCAGCUCCACCGUUGCAUUUACGACCGCAAGUUCAGCCAACUGCCUCUCUUGCCUGAAAACGUCAACCAACCAGCCGAGGUGGCGCUGAGGCCUCUGCUGUCCAGCUACGUCAAUCGUCUGAGCGCCAUCGCCGGCAAUUUGAUCAACUGCGCGCCUGUCCUCAAUUGGCUCGAAGUGGAUAACCGAGGUCGGCGGCUUUACCCUCCGCCACCAUCCGAUGAUGCCGACGCCGAGAUCAACACGCCGGCCGUGGCCGCUGCCUACGCCGUCCGUCGCUAUGCGGCCAUCGCUUCAGACGAAAUCAGCUUCGAAGUGGGUGAUAUGAUCUCCGUCAUCGAUAUGCCUCCGCCCGAAGAGAGUAUGUGGUGGCGAGGCAAACGCGGCUUCGAUGUCGGUUUCUUUCCGUCCGAAUGUGUUCGCAUCAUCGGUGACAAAGUGCCGGCUCAUUUGUCUUUGCCCAACACGACGUCAGUCGUCGUGGUCGGCGGUUCGAAUCCGGCCAGCAGCAAGACGCACCACCUGUUGAACCAGUCCGGAUGCAGUGGUAGCAGCGGCGGCAGCACCGAUCAUUUGCCAACGAAACCCGUUCUACGCAAACACGGCAAACUCAUCUCCUUUUUCAGGAGUUUCAUCUUAUCGAGGCCGUCGCGCCGUAAGCUGAAACAGUCUGGUAUUUUGAAAGAACGCGUCUUCGGAUGCGAUCUGGGCGAACAUUUGCUCAAUUCUGGACGAGAAAUCCCGAUGGUGUUGAAGUGCUGCGCCGAGUUCAUCGAAGAGUACGGCAUCGUCGACGGUAUUUACCGGCUAUCGGGUAUCACAUCCAACAUACAAAAGCUCAGGAAUGCUUUCGACGAGGACAGGGUGCCCGCUCUGGUCGAGGACGAGGCCAUCCGACAGGAUAUGCACGCCGUCUCUUCCCUUUUAAAAAUGUAUUUCCGUGAACUUCCUAACCCGUUGUGCACGUACCAGCUGUACGACCAGUUCGUCAACGCUGUCCAGGGACCUGAUCAUCUUCGAGUCGUUCGAAUGCGAGAGGUUGUCCAGCAACUCCCGCCGCCUCAUUUCCGAACGCUGGAGUACCUGACUCGGCACCUGGCCCGAGUAGCCGAAAACAAUGCCUCUACAGGCAUGACGGCCAAGAAUGUAGCGAUCGUCUGGGCGCCUAAUCUGCUCCGUUGUAAAGAGCUGGAAUUUGGUGGCGUGGCCGCCCUUCAGGGAGUGGGCGUUCAAGCGGUAGUGACGGAAUGCCUCGUACGAUACGUCGAUCUGAUCUUUAGCGAUAAAGUGCCGGCCAUCGUCCAGCUGAGCGACGAAAUGCCUAGCGGCGGUGGCGCUUUGAAGAGAACUCGGCCGAAAUCACUGGCCAUCUCGACGCCGACCAAACUUCUGUCGUUGGAGGAAGCGCGCAACAGAGCGCUUCAGCUGGCCAGUAGUCAAAAUGACACGCAAUACAUUGAGGUGGGUGGUGGACCGGCCUCGCUUCCGCCCAAAUAUCACACGGUCAUCGAGCUACCCAACGGUGACGCUCGCAGCAAACGUGGCAACAGCCUCAAGCACAAAAAAUCACCGCUUGGCUGGAAAUCUCUUUUCGCCAAACCCAGUAAAGUGCGAUCACCUUCCAGUAAAGCACAGCGCAAGAAUUCUUCGGCCAGCACAAGUUCCACUGUCAGCAUGCCGGCCCAGGUCGCGUCUUCAUCUUCCAUGACCCCGCAACGCUCUGUGACAUACGUCCGUCCCAGAUUGCGGCCCGUCAAAAGUGCCGAAUCUCUAGUGGCUUCCAACCGCAAUUCGUCGGCCGGCGACAGCCACAGUCCGGCUGACGGCAAUAAAUUGGGAGACGUGACAGACUGUGCGGCAACGCCGCUCAGGGAAGACGGUGGAGCGAGACUGGCAGGCGAUGAAGAUGAUGAAUCGAUUCAAGACGGUUCGCUAUCGCGCUGUCAUAACCGUUCCGCCUCACACGACUCGUACUUCCGCUUGCUCAUGACCAGCCGGACGGGAAUGCAAGUAGAUCCGCUGGACGAAGAGGGUGACGCAAGUCCCGAAGCUAGUGGUUUCCAAGAAGGACAAGCCAACGACGUUAUCUACGCCGAGAUCUCAAAAUCGGGAACGAAAAAUUCGAAAGAGGAGACACGCACGCGAGUAUCGCCGUCGGGAUCAGUAGGUCUCGAAUUUGGCAAGAACAUGAACCUGACGGCGGUGGAAGAGCCUCAUUCAGGCAGUUCGAAGAUGUCAUUGAUCGAUGUGAGCCACCUGGACGACAGUGAAUUGAGUAUUAUGAACAGUCGCGAGAUGUUAGCCGUGUCGAAGAAGCUGUCUGACAACUCGAACCGUCAGAUGAGCGACAGCAGUGGCGACGGUUGCAUCGGAAGGGCGCGCCCGGCUAGUGUGGACGAUAGCGUCAUUGACGACUCGGCCAGGGGAAUGCCCAUGAACGCGGAGCAGAUCGACGAAAAGGGAAAUUGGGCUGCAAGCAAUCCCGCCUACGAACUAUUCUGCAUUCAGGCUGAAGUUCACCACCAGAGAAUGGAAGCCGGACGCUCACCUUCGCCCGAUAACACGGACGCCCAAAUGCCGGACAUGCCUAGCGAAGUGGCCAUGGACGGAGACAACGACUCGCUCGUAAAUGUCACCACCGAAGAGUACAGUUCGACAGAAGUACCAGGAGGGUCGGAAGACCGUGAAAGUUACACUUUGCAUGGCGUGAAUGACGUUUAUGAAAAUGUCGAUGUUGCCAAUAACAGAACUAAUGUUGAAAGCUGUAGACGGACGUCUCCCGUACCGGCAGCUUACGAGAAUUUUGCGGACAAUCACGCCUACGCCAUGGUGAGAGUCGCUUCGAUUCAAGAUGCCACGUACGAGAACGUCAUCGAUCCAGCGAUGAUUGACGAAGAAUACGAACCGAUCGAACCGCCCCAAGAGCCGGUCAAUCAAACGACAGAAACGGGAGUUUCUUACGAGAAUGUCGAGCAAGCGAAAUAUGAAAACAUUGACCAGCCGGCCAUUGAAACGGAGAUGAGGCAGGCAAAUUACGAGAAUCUCGACCAGCCCAGCUAUGAAAACAUUGACGAAGGGUUAGCUGUUGCUAGUGGCAGCAAUGAAUCGAUCGACGUCGAUGGUGGGGAGACGUACGAGAAUGUCGUUCUUCGAGAUCCAUCGACCAACGCAAGGCCUCUCGAUAUUGUCAAUGUCUACGAAGACGUGAUCCCUCCACCUCCGAGGACGGAUGAAACUGAAGAAGUCAUCUAUUAUCAGGUUAAAGUGUUGCGUCAAUCCAUCCAGGAGGUUAACGAGCUCUUGCGUGAAGAUCCAACUGUCCUUCAGAUCGCCAUCGCUGAUCUCGGCGAAUACCCGGUCAGAAACACUAAUCCAGCGCCAUCUCCUGUUAAAAUACGCAAUAGUCCUGCCAAGGAACCGUCUCCGGUGUCGACACCUGUUUCGCCACACGAACAGAAAGAUAUUAAAGAAAUUCUUGAUGCAGUUAAAGAUUCUCCAUCUGAGGCGGAACAGCCAGUAAAUGUCAUCGAAGAUGUCAAAGUCGACGAGGCUCCAAAACUAGCCCCACCGAAAGGUGUUCGCCUUUCGCUGUCGCCCAAAAGGAUGUCGACGGGAGACGAUUCGGGCAAAGCGGAAUCAAAUGAGCAGAGCCGAAAUGUCAAGGAUCAGCAGCACCAUCUACCUCUAUCCGUCUCGCUUCCGAGUUUGCUCAAUUCGAAUAACAAAAUGGCGGUACAAAAGCAGCACAUCGCGACGUCUUCACGUAUGAACAUUAGUCUACCUCCCACUCCCCUCUACGAUCUCCAUACGGAAAGCGAGUCGGUCUCGAGUAAACGUCGCUUCGAAUCUGAAAUCGGACGCGACCUGCUCCGCGAGCGCAGAAUCCGCAAUGAGAUUGAAAAUUCCCGCCGAUCAGAAAGCAACCUUCUGCAGUCGCCGGAACAAACGUCUCCAAUCCGACGUCUGUCCACCUCUGAAUCUUCGGCGUUGAAAUCAAACAUGGGCAAACCUGCCCUACCUAUCAAAAUCAAUUCCAAGAAAAUGGAACCCAAGAAUGUCCAGCCGUUGCCCGUCAAAAAGCCAGAAUGCGUCCGUCCGACUACGUUGGAGACGUCAUUCGAUUACGAGCCGACUCCGCUUCAACGACGAGCUUCCUCACCUCCAUCAUCUGGCAGUCCAUUGUCUCCGGUCAGUCCCACGUCGGAAGGUCGAAAUUUCACGUCUUCCGGUGCUCGCAAAACGAGCGUCAAAGAGUUGCUCAACAAGUUCCAAACCGGUGGCGGUGGUGACCAUAACGCCGACCGGUCAAACCAACAACAACAACAACAACGGGUCAACACACCUACAUCACCUGUCAAACCGGUUACGCCAGUUUCAUCACCGUCGAACAAACAACUUGUUACGCACAUCCUGGACGAGUCGAAGAAAAUGAAGGACGAAGGCAAAGAGAACAUUGAAGUUCAUUUGACCCCAGCCCCGAAAUUAUCUAUUCACAACAAUCCGGCGGAGAGUUCGUGUGACAUGAUGAUUAUGGUGGAGAGCAACAGUGACGUGUGUAAAACAGGGGAAUCGACGAUGGAACAAGAUGCCAAAGAGCAGCUCCGUCAGAAAUCAUUAGGCAUUGACAUGAGUGAUCCUCGGACCAGAUUGAGGAUCGAACGUUACAAGGAAGAACGCAGGUCUUUCCUCCGCGAAAAGUACAAAUCGGAGAGCUUCCGCAGCGACAGCAAGGAAGAUGCCGUUAUCGUCCGCCUCAAGCAAAAGGCCGGAAGUCCAACUCAUCAGCAAUAAGCGGGUGGUGUGGAUGAUGUGGCCAGCUCACCACCACCACCGCCAUCUUUGCGAUCGCCGGAUCCGGGUCUCAUUGACGAAGAUGUUAACGUCAAGGAAAGGGCGGCUCAAUGGGCUCAAACUCUUCCUGCAACUCUGGUUGCCGCGGCGGCCGUGGCCGCUGCUACCACCACAGCCGCCGCUGCGGCUGUGACCACCGUUGCAACGCCACCGAUCAAAACCAUGUCGCCCACCCACCGAAGUUGUUCCGAAGCUGUGAGCAUCGCUCCGCAGCAUAAGCGCAUUCGAGACAUGGCCGCUCUGUUCGAGAAAGAAACGCCGUAAAUAUUUAGUAAAUUUACAUAAGCUUCGCUCUUCGUUAGAAAAGAACAUUUUUCUCCCCCCAUUGACGUUACAAAUUGCAAGUACGAUCCGGCCAUCGUAACUCAUAAUAAGCAUAACAUUAAUGGUAGACAUCCAAAAAAAAAAAAACGAAACAAAAUUCAAUAACUCAAUCCCAGUUUAUUUGCUUUUUUUUUUCUCAUUUCGUUUGUUUAUUUUAGAAAUCAGAAAAGAUUUGAAUGAUCUGAAAUUGUUAAUGCGACAUAAUCUUUUCCUUUUUGUAUGUCUUCAUCGCCAUGUACAUAGUGAAUUUGUUGAGUGCGUGUGAUUUUUCCGCCUUUGUGAUUCCUAACGAAUCUCUCUCGACACACUCGAAACAGUUUUUUUUUUCCCGCUUUCUUUCUCUCCGAAGAGAAACCGAAAUCGUUUUCGUGUCUCUCAUUUCUCGAAUAAGUAAAAACGAUAAAAGAGAGAAGGAAAAGUUUAUAUUGUAGUUAACAUUCUUGAUGUCUCUUUACUUUCUCUCGCUAUCUCUUUGUCGCGUUCUAAUUUAUUUUGUCUGCGUUUAUUUCGGCGUGUUUCGGUCAAAUUGAUUCGGCCAGAAAAGUCGCACUUGUGACCAUUGAAGAAUUGUUUAAAAAAAGAAAAUUUCAGAAGCCCGUCGUUUAGUUGAAAAACAUUUUCCUUUCCGCUGUGAAUUUGAAAGUGUAUCCGCAUCUCUCCCUUGUUUAUCAUCCUUUUCUUUCACGUUUGCCUAUGUUACGUCCGCAAGGAAUUCUUUGUGAUGCGCUUCUUUCGCCCACACGAACCUUUCGGAUUUGGCCUCCUCAAUGUCGGCUACUAUGCAGUUUAUAUAUAUAUAUAUGUAUCCGUUACGUUGUGUAACAUGAUCGAGCGAAUACCAUGACGGAUGGAAAACAAGA